AUUCGGUACAUGUAUGUAUGCAUAUGCAAGUGCAUGUGGCUGACAUGCAAAGCCAAUUGCUUUUAAAUUUUUGCUACCUUGCAUGCAAUAAGGACUUUGCAAACUUCAUUAGCCAAUACUAGCCUCUUGAACAUCAUCAACAAGCAAUUAAAAUUGAAAGGAAAAGGUAGAUAAAAUUAAGUACACAAUUAAUAGAGAAUAAAAGACUUUUAACUCAAAUAGCAGAUAAACACAAAAGCUAUUUUGCAUUACUUGUGAUUAGAGUACGAAUAUUCCCUUAGUGUAAUGAUGUAGGACUUAUUGCUAAAGAGUUAUACAUUUCCAAUGAAAUUAAUCACCACUGCUUUUAUAUCUAAUUAUAUAUUUAUGGUUUUAUGUCUAUUGACAUUUAAAAUCAAAAUAAUAAUAGAUGGUAAAGACACGAAAUUUUGUGGAGGGAGAUAGUAGCUUAGCAACAAAAGCUGUUUGGGAUGAUGAGUUGACGUUGAUAUUUUGUGAACUUUGCGUGAAUGAAGUCAAUGCUGGCAAUAGACCGACAACUCAUCUAAACUCAAAAGGAUGGGAAAAUGUCAUUGCUCUUUUUCAAGCAAAAACACAAAAAAAUUAUGGAAAACCUCAAUUGAAAAAUAAGUGGGAUACAUUAAAAAAGGAAUGGAGGUUAUGGAGGGAGUUGCUUAAGGAAUCUACAGGUAUUGGAUGGUGUCCAUCUAAAAAGACGGUCGAUGCUACCGAAGAAUGGUGGGCUGUAAAAAUACAAGAAAAUCCUGAUUUUAAAGGAUUUAAGAAGAAAGGAAUUGAGCCACGAUUGAAUGAGUUAAUGUGGCAAAUGUUUGGUGGCAUUGUAGCCACUGGAGAGAACGCAUGGGCACCUUCGUCUGGUGUUCUUCCAAGUGGGGUUCCUAUGGGAGAUGAUGCACCAUAUGAGGGAUUUGGUGAUUCAGAUGAACAUAGUAACGAGAAUGAAGGUAUUCCCCGAUGA